AUGGAGAUCCCUGCCGGCCCAUCGAGGAAGCUGCCGGCCGUGCACCUCGUGAAGCCGAAGCUGGAGCCCUGCGAGGAGUCGCUACCGGCGCGGCUGAAUGCUGGCGAGGAUCAGGAGACCACCCCGCUCUCCGGCCGCCGGCCCUUCUUCACGGCCAUCAUGGCCAAGACCCAUGUCCAGAAGCCAUAUCAGCUGGUCAUCCCGGCUCACUUCCACCGCCGGCUCCCGGCAAGGCGCACGGCAGCCGUGCUUCGGUGCGGCGGGGGGUCGUGGAUCAUGAGCUACUGCGGCGACAACAGGCUGAAGAGGCUGGACGGGGCGUGGGCCGACUUCGCCGUCGACAACGGGCUGCUGGUCGGCGACGCGUGCGUGUUCGAGCUGGUGUCCGGGGGCGGCGUCAGGGGGCAGGAGCUGGUGUUCGAGGUUCAGGUGCUCCGCGGCGGCGGGAUGCCAGGGGAGAUCGCCGACAAGGGAGCCACCGCCGACGAUCCCAUCGUCAUCGCCGACUAG